CGUCUUACUACCUCUGCAUGCAAACCACGACCCGUCUGCCGUUGAACCUGUUGUGAGGACCACUUGUAUCGUCACCCCCUUCCGUCCUCUUGUUUCGCUGCCGUCCCUAGUCACCUCGCUCGUCUCUCUGUGACCUGCCAGCCCGCGGCCUUGCGACGUCCUUGGCCCGCCAUGUAUGGCACCUCCCACUCCGUUUCCGCUCCGAUGAAUGGGAUCGGGGGGGAUCUGGUUGAUGGCUCGGGCACCAUUAACCCUGCUGCGUUGAAUAACAAUGUCUCUGUUCUGCCAACUCCGCCGUAUGGAGCAACAGAUCCCAGCGUUCCCCGUGGUAUCAAGCGCGGUCGUACACCGGAUCAACGCGGACAUUCCCGCGCAGAUGGAGACCAUGAUGACGUAGUUGCAGAUGACCAUGGCCGUCGGAAACGAGGGCGCCCCCCAAAGACACCACGACCACCGCACCCAGCCCCCAGCGACCAAACUGCGUCAAACGUCCAUCUACAAACCCCCCGGAUGCAAUCUCAAUCAUUGCCGCAACACGCGGCAGUUUCGCCUCCAUUAGCGUCGCCUCCGGACAAAACCACCCCCACCAAGGCCCCGCUGGUGAAAGCCCUCCCCACCGUGAGAGACCAUACCACCGAUCAACUGAACGAGGCGCGCGACGAAUACAUUCCCAAGGAGUUUGAUGACUCCGGUGAGAAGAAAGUGGAUGGCAACGGCUAUCUCCAGGGCGACCGGGAGUACAGAUGUCGAACAUUCACGGUGCCUCUGCGCGGCAAAAAGCUUUUCAUGCUGGCGACGGAAUGCGCGCGAGUUCUGGGAUACAGGGACUCUUAUCUUCUCUUCAACAAAAAUCGCUCACUACAUAAGAUAAUCGCCACCCAGAUCGAAAAGGAUGAUCUCAUCGCGCAGGAUAUUCUUCCAUACUCCUACCGCUCGCGUCAGAUUGCUAUCGUGUCCGCCCGGUCGAUGUUCCGUCAGUUCGGCAGCCGGGUCAUCAUCAACGGGCGACGUGUGCGUGACGAUUACUGGGAGAGCAAAGCCCGUAAGCAAGGCUUUACUGAGGAUGAUCUCGCGGGUGAAAAACGCCCGGGCGGCACGAAAGCCCGCGAGGCUGCCGCAGAGGCAGCGAAUGCGGCCAGUGUCUUACCCACCCUGACCCACGGCGAUGUGAUAUACAGUAACGCUCUGGAGACGGUGCCCAGCAAUUUGUCCCUAGGAGGGGCCUCGGGCGGUUCACUAGCUCAGCCACUUCCCAUGAUUCACAUGGCCACCACGACGGAUGAUCCGCGUUUGAGGGAAUACAAUAGUAUGCCUCGACCUCGUCAGGAACUGACUGGUCAGCCGUACCAGGACCGAUCCCAGCCCAGCUCGGCCGCUGAAAUCCUCAACCAAGCCACGCAUACGACAGAGUUCAACAAGAUUCUGUCCUCGCAGCGUAGCUUCCGUCAGAAGGGUUUAGAGGAUUUCUACGCCAAGCAGCGAGAGGCGCCGGUUUCUGCGGCUCAGUCGCAGCCCGGGCAACUGGAGCCCACUGCUGCUUCUGUGGCACAGCCCUUGCAGUCUCCGCGGUUAUCGAAUGCUGGCGUGCUGGGCUCUACUCCGGUCCAACCCAGCCUGAUCCCCCAGCAAGCCCCAAUGAUGCCUAACCAGGCUGGAUUCCAGCCCCCCGUCGUGCACCAACAGCCCGCUGUGGCGCAGUCGCCUGCUCGAGGCAUGCCUCCAGUCCGCCCAGAUUUGAUGCACCAACGGUCCAAUCCUGCUCUGGCUGGUGCACCACAGGCGGCCGGACUUUACGGCUACCCUUCUCAGCAACAGCAGCUGUGGGGCCAGCCACCCCCCCAGCCUUCACCUCUGUUGGCUGCCGGACCCCAGGGCGUGGGGAUGCAACAGUACGCGAGUCAACUCCAGCAGCAGCAGCAGCAGCAGCAGCAGCAAGCCCAGUCACAGGCUCAACAACAAUCUCCUUCUCCUCUCGUUCACAAUCUGCCGCAGCAUCCGUCUCAGUCUCCGCGUAACCAAGGCCGCCCAACUGUGCCACAGAUGCCGCAAGCAUUCCAAAUGCAUCACCCGCAGGCGCCUCAGCAGCAAUCCAUGGCGGCCAUGGGCUUUCCCGGGGGCACUGCUGCUCCAUACCCUGCAAUGCCCACUGCACGCGCGAUGUAUCCAUCGGCUCAUGGGCCUAGUGGUCAGCAAUUCAUGACUGGGGCUCCCCAGCAGCCAGGCAUGGCGAUGGGAAUGGGCGCAACGGGGACGAUUCCCGGCUGGCCUCCGACGGGGCCGAUGCAACCCGGGCAUCCCCAACCUGGGUGGUCAACCUAUUAAGCAAGUUUCGUUUAACAACAGUUUCAUAGCCGGUGCUGUCCAGAAUAUUUAUGGCGUUUAUGGGAUGGGGAGUUGAGGCGGCUGUGGGGUUAUUUUUUGUUCGCGUUCCCAGUUGUGCGUUUUCAUUUGUGCUAUACAUUACCUGGCCAAGGAGGAUAGCUAAUGAUAAUUUGCGCAUUUCCUUUAAUACCCUGUUAUACCCGAUCAUGUUUUCAUUUAACUUGUUACUUUGGUUUCUUUCGGGGGACUUGGGAAUCUGUUCUUGGAAUAGCCGAGCAACGGGCAAUCACGACGUGGUGCAUUCUCCCUAUGUCAGCAAUAGAGGGACUGGGGUCAGAUAAUAUGGAGAUGGGAUCUUUCUUGGAAGGCGUCCGUCCUCUGUUGUUGGGGUUCUUUCAUUAUCUAUGGUUUUAGCAU